UCUUUUUCGCGCUUAUUUAGUUUAUAUUUCAACAAAAAAUAAUUCCAAAGAUGUACAGAAAUCGUAAAUUUAACAAAAAUGGAAGGACUAAAAGUACUGAAACAAAUGAAAACAACAAAGCUCUCAAUACAAUCGAUGAAAAUACCACAAUAAAAAUUCCCCGCUUAAAUGAGGAUACGAAUAGAUUUAAAGAUGUGGCUGAAAUAGAAGAAAUGUUAAGUAGUGAAGAAAAUAUUCCUGCAUCACAGGAGCCCACUCAAAGAUACUUGUCACAGAGAAGUACAAUUGCGGCUACACUUGGGCGAACGCAAUCACGAAUUAACAGCUCUCAAAGACCUCCCAACACAUAUUUUGAACUAGCAUUAAUGAAGGCAGGUGUACAAUUAGAUGAAGGGCAGAAUUUUGUAUUGGCUUGUGAUCAUGUAUCAUUUGUUAAUAAGUUGCGCAUUUUACUGGACAAAAAUCAAAAUUUCCAUGACAACUUGAACAUGUUCAUCACAGGUCUUCGCGAUGCUUGGUCUAAAUAUGCCUUAAAAUUGCUUUCGGGAUGCACGAUUAGUAUCCCGGGUGAUGAGAGUAUUUAUCAAUCUCAAGAUAGUAUGAUUGUAAACUUUUUUAUGAUUGAUUUUUUGCGUGACAAGGUCCUGGAGUUGCUUUUGGUACAAAUUAAAAAAGCUGCCUGUCAAAGGCUUCAAUCCUCUAAAUCCACAGAUAUUACUAUACCCAUAUUGCCUCUAAUGCUGUCUCAGUUACAAUAUGUUGCCAGUACUCAUAGUGAAAUUAUUUACGAACAUAUUAAAAAUAAUUUCGAAAAUGCUUUAGAACAGUCCAAAUGGGAUAUAAUUGCUAGUGCUGAAUUAAUAUUGGAUUCUAGCAAACAUGACGAGUUUGCAAAACUGCUACUAGAUAAUAUGGCGAAUAGCAAGGAUCUUUUUAAAAGUUUAACCAUACAAACAUUAACAAAUCUAAGUUUGAGCCCUCAGAUACAAGGAAAACUACGUAAUCGGGUCUUGGCUUAUAUCAAGGAAGAACAAGGUCCUAAAGCGACGUUACCAUUGUUAAUAAAAUUUUUGCUAAAGAUUUUAUCUGAGGACAAUGAAGAAAGCAUGAAAGAGUUAAUUAACACGUUACGUUUAAUUCUACACUGGCGCGAAGAUACUUCAGCUAUUUCAUUAGCCAAAGAUAAGCAAUUGCAAUUGGAAUUAUUUGGCUACAUAGAGCAAGGACUAACACGUUCCAAGAAAUUCUAUUCUAUAUGGCAAAAAUCAAUAGCAUCAUUGGCUUCAACACAAUUCAAACCUAUAGAUUUCAUAAUUGUAUUGUUACUUAUACACAUACGAGACGAUAAUUCGCUGUAUUUGGAAAAUGUGCUUCGUCGUCAUAUCAAACAAUUGUCCACUUCCAUUAUUCAAGAAAUUCGUAAUAAAUAUGCACCCAUAUUGGAACAACACUGGCAUAUACUAAUGCAAAUAAUUAAUUUGUAUUUGCGUGAUAAACAUAAAUCUGUGGUCGACUUUGCUAGAACAUGUUGUGGAACAUUUUUUGAAAUUUCGGAAUCCGUACAAAAAUCUAUUCUAAAGAAAUUGUUAGAAUUAACAUGUGAGAAAUCCAAUCAGAAUACUACUAAUUUUGCUUUACAAAUGCUCAGGGAUUUAUGGCAAUUAUAUCCUAAAAUUGUACAUAAUUGGGGCAUGUUGUUAUUGCCUUUCUUAGAUCAUAUACAUGAUAUGUCAUUAUCUCAAACACGUAUUGUUAUGGAAUUACUAUCGUCGAUAGCAUUUCCAGCACCUACUAUAGAUGAAUGUUUAACUUUGCAGGAUCAAAUUGAUAUGUUGGUUAAGAAACAAAUAAUCAACAGAAAUAUAUUUGUAAAGAAACAAGGCAUCAUUGGUGCUGUACAACUGAUAGAUUGUAUAGCUCGCAUCGAACAAUGUGUAAUUGAUGCAGAUGAUUUUGAUACAACAUUUAGUAGCAUUAGCGAUAUUCCAGAUGGCAGGGGUAAAAUAGCAGCUAAAUAUAUAGAACGCAUACAAUCAUCUACGAUACAUUCUCCAGAAUUAUUAGCUCUAUUCUAUGAUGAACUUGCUAUUGUUUGUUCUGCUGGCGGAUCAGACCGUGCUAAUGGCCUACAAUUGGAUAUACCUUUUGUCAUAUGGUUAUGUGAACUAAUUACAUUUUAUUUUCAAAAUAGUUUUGUUGCUGAACAUAGUCCUGGCAAAAUAGAUGGCAUUCCGUUAUCUUAUAUGAAAUGUAUAAAUUCUCUUUCGGAUACCAACACGGAAGAACAACAAAGUGAAUUGCCACAAAUUGCUAUAAAUAUUGGUGAAUUAGUUUUAAGGCCCCCGAAUGAAGCUAGUUCAUCGAUUCUCAUACUAUCGCCACUUUUUAAUUUUGUUCGUGCUCUUCACAUGCUACGUUAUGAGGGCUGUUUGGAGAUUAUAAACGCAUUGCUGGGUUGUGCUAUAAUUUUACCAACGUUUUUCGAUGAUGACAAUGCUGACGCGAUUUUUUUCGAUUACGAUGAAGAAGCGCAAAAGAAAAUACUUGAUAUAUAUUUCCAUUGUGUUAAUUGGAUACGUGAAACGGUUAGUUCGUUUGCAACACAACGUGAGCCAAUGAUCAGAGAAAAAGUGUUGCAACGUUUGGCUGAUCUCAUAAAUAUUGAGGAAAAAAUAAGGCAGCUACUACUUAAGGCUCCCUCAGAUUAUAUGCCACCACAGUGUGAAUUUAUUACUGGACAAAACGGCACAACGACUACUAGUAAAUCUGGAAUUAAAUCUCGUCCUGGUUGCAAUGGAGCCAGCAGCAAUAAAAAUUCAAGCAAAACAAAAGCUAUUCAAAAUGAUACAGAAAUGUUGCACUUAAACGAAACAACUUUAAAUGAAACAACACGAGUUGGUGAUCUCACAACAAAACUGGCAGGUUCUAAUAAAGUAAAGUCUAGCGCAAAAAGUAAUUUUGAAAAUGUGUAUGGUCCGAAAGAAAUCUACAGACAAAUGGACACUAAUCUUGUGUUAGUUUUGAAAGAGAAACUAGAUAUAAAGCAUCCUUUACCGGCCGAGUAUGUUGGUUAUCGUAUGGGUUUAUUAGAGUUUCGUUUUAUUUUAACGGACAUUGUAAGCAAAUUAGAAUCUGUUGUGGGUAUACAAAAAUUUCAAAGCGAACAGUCAUUGCAGUAUAUAGCUAAACCUGGUUAUUUUAUGUGCGAUUUGUCGGAUUUCAUAGAGGUGAUUGGAGAAAACAUGAAAAUUAUAUCUGCAGCCAUAAAUUCCAAACUUGAGGAAGUUCAAAGGAUUCAUAGUCAUGCUGAUUUGUUUACGGAAGAGUUUAAUUUACUAAAAGUGUGUUUGGGAUUGUGCCUACGUUUAUUGGUAGCAUUUUUCUCAUGGUCUGAAUGGUUUAUUAGUGAACAUCGUGUUAAUAAAUUAAGAGAAUCACUUUUAGCUUUAAUGGAACGGACACAAUAUCAGCGUUUAAAAGACAAGCCAGCUCCUAUAUUAGCAAUUGAGGCUUUCAAUGUGCUAAUAAAAUACGAAACAUCUAUUGUUGAUCUGAAAUCAGCUGUUUAUUUGAAUCAGUUGAUGGUUAUAUUAAAUUUACUUUCAGACAAAAACUCCAAAAUAAAGCAAUCACAAGAAAUAAGAUCUUUGUGUCGCACAUUAUUGUGUCGUAAAUGGUUUAAUUAUGAUGGCUUAUUGGAAAAAGGAGCUCAAUGUAAUAUUUAUUUAGAUGAGCUAAUAAAAGGGUUUCUACGUGAUUCUGAUUUUAAAAGACAACGUGAAAUAUUACGUAUUGUAAGAGAAGAAUCUAAAUCAUUAAAUGGCAAAGAUAGUUCACUAAAAUCGUUUCCAAAUUUUAAAAAAGCUAAUUUUCCAUUAUUUUUCCGUGGUUUAUGUGAGAUCCUUAUAACAUCUUUAAAUCAAAAAUUGACUACAAAUGCUCUGAAUUCAAUUGACAAACUAGAAUUUUGGGAAUCUAGUUGCAAAAUUUUAAAUAUGUUAUUGGAAAUUGUGCAAGGUUUGGAUAUACCUAGAAAUUUUCAAAUUUUCCUUAAGCAUUCCCAUUUAUAUUUAAAACUUGUCCUACAACAUGGCUUAAUUGUUUUCGAACAAUAUUUAAGACAAAAUCCCGAACGUGUUUGUGAAUUGAUAAAAACUAUGCAAACAACUACUCGAUUUUUACAUCAUCUUUGCUGCCAUUCUAAGGCCAUUAAAAAUACUGCUAUUGUUAGUCAGAUUCCAUUUUUACGUGAAACAGUGGAGAACUAUGUAUUUCGGGUUAAAGCCCUACUUACGGCUAAUAAAUGUGCUUCGGUUUUUUCUAUGGGUAAUUUGAAAAAUAAAGAUUUGCAUGGUGACGAUUUGGUAUCGCAAUCUGGUACCUUUAGCACCGCAACUGGGCAAGACAGUGACGAGGAUAUACCGGAUGAUGACGUUAGUGUUGAUGAAACCAUAAUGGGCAACGAUGAUACGGAAAAUACACGAAAUGAUACGGAAAAUCGUAGUAAAUCGUCAUCAAGAAGUAAAUGUUUUUAAAUAAAUCGAAUUGAAUUUAAAACUUUGUUAUAUAAAAUACAUAUAUAAAUAUGUGAAACGAAUUAGUGGUCCAUUUUUAGAAUAAAACAACUACAAACAUGAUUUUUUUAUAUUUCUACAAAAA